CUGUCAAGUAAUCAGCCCACUUGUUCUUUGGGUCCAUCCCAUGUACCUAUAAUAAACAUCCAAAAGAUUAGAGAAGUGAAGACGGAACAGAGUAGAGUUUGAAUCUUCAGCAGUGAGCUUCCUCCUCUGUAAACAAAAACCAUGAACAAACAAAUGUCUUCCGCCAAACUCUCCCGACUCUUCAACAUCACAACUAAAAACCAAACACCUUCCCCGCUCCCAAUCUCAGACAAACAAACCGCCGCAAGAAUCACAACCUACCUUCAAAAAUCCACCGUCGGAAAACUCCAAUCAAACCCAUCUCUCCUCUUCAACCUAAACCCAAACGUAACCCUUCUCGUCCUCUCCUCACCAUCUCUCCCAACCCAAUCAUGCGUCGACUUCUUCAAGCUCCUCAACACAUUCGAAUCCCACCUCAAACCCGACCUCGCCGCGGCUAUAACCCUGUCCCACCGCCUGUACACCGACCGUAGAUUCGGCGAGAUGAAGUCUCUCCUGAACUCAGUCUCCACCGAUGGGGCUGAGAUCAUAGGAAGCGUUUGUGUUUACGAAGGAAAGGUCGAGUUUUUGGAAACUUUAUUCGAUUUGAUGAUUAGGGUUUAUGUGGAUAAGGGGAUGUUCCAAGAGGGUCUAAGGGUUUUCGAUUACAUGGUGGAGAAAGGGAUGAGAAUCGAUGAGAGAUCGUGCAUUGUGUUUCUUGUAGCUGCGAAGAAACGGUUGGAGAUUGAUCUUUGUUUGGAGGUUUUCAAGCGGAUGGUUGAUUGUGGAGUGAGGAUAACUGUUUACUCGUUGACAAUUGUGGUCGAAGUGUUGUGUAGAAGAGGUGAGGUUGAGAAGAGUAGGAAGCUGGUGAGAGAGUUUUAUCGAAAAGGAAUCAAGCCUGAAGCGUACACUUACAACACCAUCAUCAACGCUUAUGUUAAAGUUAGAGACUUUUCCGGCGUGGAGGAGGUUUUGAAGGAGAUGAGGAAAGGUGGAGUGGGGUAUAACAAGGUUACGUAUACGCUUUUGAUGGAGAUGAGUGUGAAGAACGGGAGGAUGGGUGACGCGGAGAAGCUGUUCGACGAAAUGCGUGAGAGAGGGGUGGACUUAGAUGUUUAUUUGUACACUUCUAUGAUAAGUUUGUGUUGUAGAAAAGGGAAUGUGAAGAGAGCGUUUUUGUUGUUUGAUGAGUUGGUGGAGAAGGGCUUUUCGCCGAGUAGUCAUACCUACGGGGCGCUUAUUGAUGGGGUGUGUAAGGUAGGGGAGAUGGGUGCGGCUGAGAUAUUGAUGAACGAAAUGCAAAGCGGAGGGGUUGAUAUCACUAAGGUUGUGUUUAAUACGUUGAUUAAUGGGUACUGUAGGAAAAGGAUGAUUGAUGAGGCGUUAGCGAUUUACGACGUGAUGGAGAAGAAAGGGUUUGAAGCUGAUGUUUUCACUUUUAAUACUAUUGCUAGCUGUUUGAAUCGAUUGAAAAGGUAUGAUGAGGCAAAGGAAUGGAUUUUCAGGAUGAUGGAAGGUGGUGUGAGGCUUAACACGGUUAGUUAUACUAAUUUGAUCGAUGUUUACUGCAAAGAAGGGAACGUUGAGGAGGCAAAGAGGCUCUUUGUGGAGAUGAGCAGUAAGGGAGCAGAGCCUAACGCGAUUACGUAUAAUGUGAUGAUUGAUGCGUACUGCAAGCAAGGGAAAGUGAAGGAAGCUCGUAAACUAAGGGCCGACAUGGAAGCGAAAGGGAUGGCUCCGGAUUCAUAUACCUACACAUCGCUUAUACAUGGGGAAUGUAUUGUUGACAACGUGGACGAAGCAUUGAGGCUCUUUAGGGAGAUGGGGUCUAAGGGUUUGGACCAGAGUUCUGUAACAUACACGGUGAUGAUCUCGGGUUUGUCCAAAGCUGGAAAAUCAGACGAAGCCUUUGGAUUUUAUGAUGAAAUGAAGAGGAAAGGGUUUACAAUAGAUCAUAAGGUUUAUACUGCACUCGUUGGAAGCUUGCAUUCACCCGAGACUUAGUACAUGAUCGUCAAAGUAAGAUCUGUUUGAAGUGGUAAACCUUGAGAUCUACUACCAGUUGAUUGUUGAAACAGUUAUUUUAUCAGGACCCCUUUUUCUGAGAGAUUCUUUGAAGGAGUUGGAGUGAAGUAUAGACAGACCCUGAUUUGGAGUGUCUACGCUGUAAAGAAAACAAAGCUCAACUCUUUUGGUAUGUUAUAUUAUUAUACAUUGUCUGUCCAGUAAACAAAGCCUUUGGACCUUUAUGUAAAGUUGAUUUCUAAGGAGUUCUCUGGAAUCCUGUGCACCAAAUCUAAGGAUUGAGAUGUUGCUUCUGUGUCUAUAUGAAUGAAGAGCUAGAGAAGGCAAAUAUUUAUGUAUCUUGUGAAGAUAGAUAUGUACUAUGCACCAAAAAUAGUUCAAGAAGAUGAACAUCGAAGCUCAGAAGGCAGUGACGAUGAUGGUUUCACUCUUGAGAAAGAUGGAGAGAAUCACAACUCGUAAUCGAGGCCAGCUCCAUAUUUCCAGGCCUCUAGGCGUCUCUUCCACUGGAACUUCGUCUUUACUGGAAGUUCUUCCAAAGAUGGCCUGACGGGUACACAGCAUAUCAAGAAGGUUCAGGGACCACAAACAACGAUUAUGCAGCAAUCAUGGCGGUUUAAGCAAAGGUUAAGGAGAUUCAGAGACAUUUCACCUUAUUACUGGAUCGAUGUAUGCGGAGAGGAAUGUAUACAAGCCCAGCAUUAAAAAAUGAACUGACCAGUCGAGCAACACAGGUAUCCCGACCUGAGGAGAUCACCGAAAAAAACAGAUUUCGUCAACAAGUGGAGAGCAUUUUCAAACCUUAUGUUGGAGUUUCUGGCUCAAAGAUGCAGCAGUGGGUAUAAAAGAUUUUACCUGUCUGAAUAUGGAUGGAAUUAUCUGAGGUUUGUUCAGCAUGACAAGGCCUAGUGUCUUUGCUAGAGGACCAAACUGUAUUACAUCCUGAAGAAAUGGUCUGAGAACCGGAUCUCCCAAUCUCUACAAAAGAACCAUUUGCUUAGAAACUCUCAUCUCCUACUCUCCACAUAAAGAGUAAAAGUGUACACACCUGCAUGCAAGUGAAAUUUACAUGGAGAAGCUCGUUGGUGAAGCUAGGGGAAACAUCGAGUUUUUGCUUGGCAGACAUUGCUCUUUGAAACAGCCAUGACGCGCUCAAGUUAGGCUUCAAAAGGCAAACGGUGGCUUCAGUGAAGUUAAUGGACAGGGAAGAAAGAAUUAGAUAUUGUUUAAAGCUUUACCAUGUAAGGAUUUAGCUUUGAUAAGCUGUCCGAGUCCAGUAAAUCUCCAUCUAUUGCCUCAUAGAUUCCUUUGUAUUUAAUAAUUGAAGAAGAAGAUUGUCAGCAAGUCUAAAGAGUUCAGUAAAUGUAUUCUUAAACUUGUCAUGAUAGAAAAGUUAUCUAAUGUUCUUUGAUA